AUGCAUAUCCUUCCGCUGCUGGCCAGUACGGUCUCCGCCGUGGCCUUCCCCGGGGCCGAAGGCUUCGGUCGCAACGCAAUUGGCGGUCGCAACGGCAAGGUCUACGUUGUCUCGAACCUAAACGACUCUGGCGCCGGCUCCCUUCGCGAUGCUGUAUCGCAACCUGACCGCACCGUCGUAUUCUCCGUCGGUGGCCUAAUCAAGAUCAAAGAACGCAUCGUUGUCUCAAAGCGAAUCAGCAUCCUCGGCCAAACCGCACCCGGCGAUGGUAUAACCGUCUACGGCAAUGGAUGGAGUUUUUCAAAUGCCGACGACGCCAUCGUGCGAUACAUCCGUAUCCGUAUGGGCAAGAUUGGGACGAGCGGAAAGGACGGGAUGGGCAUCGCUGAAGGCUCGAACAUGAUUUUCGACCACAUCAGCGUAUCCUGGGGCCGCGACGAGACCUUCAGUAUCAACGGUAACGAUGCGUCAAACAUCACCAUCCAGAACAGCAUCAUCGGGCAAGGACUCGAACCGCAUUCUUGCGGUGGCUUGAUGCAGACCAAUGUCGGCAAUGGCAUAUCUUUGUUCCGAAACUUGUACAUUGAUAACAAGACGCGCAACCCCAAAGUCAAGGGCACGAACGACUUCACCAACAAUGUGGUAUACAACUGGGGCGGCGGCGGUGGAUAUAUCGCCGGUGACUCGAGCGCUGCAUCGGAAGCAAACAUCGUUGGAAACUACUUCAUCAGUGGUCCGAGUACAAGCGCGACGGCGUUCACUCGCGGCAAUGCGAACUUCAAGGGUUACGUCGAGGCAAACUUUUACGAUUCGGAUAAAAACGGUGCACUCAAUGGAGCGCAACUCGGCGCUACUUCAUCCAGCUACGGCGGCAUCGCCAUUCAAACCACCAAGUUCCCGUUUCCCGCCCCUGCAAAGAUCUUAUCCGCAGCAGACGCUCUGAAGCUCGCCGAAGCAUCUGUUGGAGCGAGCAAAGUUCGCGAUUCGGUAGAUAAGCGCCUCAUUGCUGAACUGCAGAGCUAUGGCAAGACUGGCCAGCUUAUUGCCGAUGAGAAUGCGGCCCCAAUGAACGGACCAGGACCUAUAGCUGAAGGCACAAAAUGGGUAGACGCGAAUAAUAAUGGCAUACCAGACAAUGUAGAGAGUCAGUUCAAGACGGUUGAGGACUGGGCAAACUCGCUUGUGCCGUCGAGCUAUUAAAAGGCCCGUAGGGAAAGGGUGGUCAGGUUACUUGUGCAUACUCUUAUUCUCUAUUUCUAGGUAAAUAUUUAACAAAUAAGCAAUGAGAG